UUUUGGUGUUUAGUUGGACUAUUGGUACAGUUUACAGAAAUGAUGGGUGGUACUGACAUAUUGCGGGUUGCGGUCAUCGCUACCUUGAUUGCUUGGUGCACUGCUUAUCCUCACAGGGGACUUUACGGCAACAACAAUUACAACAACAACGAUGCAAAUCUCGACUAUGCGUACAGAAACUCGCUGUCUAAUGGCCUGAACAACAACAACCUGCGUUCAAAUCUGAAUAAUCUGAACAAUCUCUCCAGACGACAAGCAGCAGCAGCGCUUGGCUCAGCUCCAAUCCGGCCUCCGACAGCAGAUGAACUUAAAUAUCUUCCGAUAGUCCAUAGCCGACAGUUUGACGAGAUUGACGCGUCACACAUCCCCAUCGGAGGGAGGAGGUCUUGAGACGACUACCCCCUCGUUCCCCGCAAUUUACUGUAAACAAAAGAAUCCAGCUACCGUCCUAUUUACAAACCGUUAGUCCACAAUUCCAUAUAACUGUCUUCGCUCAGAACUCUGUGAUUGGCUAAUAAAACAUUUCAUUUGUUA